CGUCACCGCGACGUGCUCCGCCCUCACGCUGCCGAAAUACUGCUUCCGCCAACAUGGUGGUGGGUGCCUUCCCUAUCGCCAAGCUCCUCUACCUCGGAGUGAGGCAGAUGAGCAAGCCGUUAGCCAACAGAAUAAAAGCCGGGGCUCGGAAAAGCGAGUUCUUCAAGAACUAUGUCUGCCUGCCGCCUGCACAGUUUUACCACUGGAUUGAGAUGAGAACGAAGAUGCGCAUCAUGGGCUUUCGGGGUUCCACCAUCAAGCCAUUGAAUGAAGAGGCAGCUGCAGAGCUUGGCGCAGAGUUGCUGGGAGAGGCGAUCAUCUUCUUUGUCGGCGGUGGAUGCAUGGUGCUGGAGUACAGCAGGCAGGCUGCGAACUCUCGCCGCAAAGAAGAGGAGCUAAACGAGACCAUCAACAGCCUACAGACUCAAGUAGCAGAGCUGGCACUUACCACAGAGACUCUUGAUGCGCAGCUGAGAGAGGUCAACAGGCAACUGGUGUCCUUUCCUGUCUCCAGCAAAAAGUGAUUAAGAUAGUUCUUUGCUAUAUGAUGUGGCCCUUGUUUGUUGGUCUGUGUAGAAGAACAAGAUGUUCACAAAGUACUGCGAAAUGUACAGCCCGGCAAUGACCCUGCUUCACACACUGUCCCCUGUCUAUUACGUUGGGUGGAAGAGGUGGACAUAAGCAUAUCAGUGCACUGUGGAUUUGGCUGUUAUCAUCAGCUCAAGUUUUGAGUAACUAGUUGUAAAGGGGGAUUACUAUGAUAUUCAUAGUGUAUUUCUAUGGUUGAUUUUGCAUGUUCAUUCUGAAACUGACUGUAUAUAAAGAUGUACAGUAAAAGGCAACGAUGACUUUAAUCUUAAUAUAUUUUACAGCUCCAGAAUACUAUUGUCAUGCAUCCUAAUAACCUUAAUAAGUGAUUUUCAUGCCACAUUGGCUUCAAACGUGAGUAACUCUAGAUUAAUGCCAACCACAAAUGGUAAACAUUUUGUGUACUUGACUGAAGGCCAAAAGAAAUAACAGAAAACAAACAUUAAUGGAUCAUUUGGGGUUUGGAUUAUUUAAUUUCAGUUUCAUGGAUAUGUUGUGUUUACACUGUAAAUCCAUUUUCUGAUUCACAUUGGAUAUGACGACUGUAAAGGGAUGGUGUAAAAUAAAAUGGUGUGCUGUCUAU